CUGGUGCAAAAUUCAUAGGUUUCCAAGAGCAAAAUUAGUAGCGCAUCAUCCCUACAUGGCUUGCAUUUCUACGAUUGUGAAAAUGAACUGGCGUAAUGGGAGAUAAUUUUGACGAAGUAGGAUCCUGACUGUCUAUAUCAGUAUAUGGGCAAACAUUUAGUAUCUGCUCAAUUGUAAAAAUAAGAGUAGUCAGAUAUCUGCCUAUUCCUUUUUUUUUGCGAAAAUAGUUAUUAACAUCUUGUUACAUAAUUUUGUAUAACAUAAUCUCCCAAUGACACGCAUCCUCAUGAAAUUAAUAACAUAGGUACUUGGGUCAUAUUCUCAUAGUCAUGGAUACCAGUAAUGUAGUUGGUAUAGUAGAUAUUAUUUUUUCCAAUCGAUUAAACAUUCGAUCUAUGUAAUAACUAUACUAAUCUUAGUUAUAUAAUAAGUUGUAUGAUGAUAGCUUAUUAACAUAUACAAUUAUAUACGAAAUACAUAAUACAUGUGUGCUGCACGUGUAUCUGUUCGUUCAUAUGAAAGCAAAGUUGGUCUCUGGUGGAUAUAGUUGUCGGCAAUCUUACCACAUCUCCUUAUAGUAUAAAGAUGAUAUUCUGGGAUGGAUCCGAGAAUGAAUUUGAAGAGGAGAGAGAAAGACUGCACGAUGCAUCAACAGAACAUCAGUUGUUACUUUUAAACGCCAUAUCUCUGAAAUCACCUAUAACAGAAAUAACAAGUUUAAUUGAAGCAGGUGCGUGUGUUAACAAGGCUGCCACGAACGGUAUUCGACCUUUACACCAUGCCGUUGACAAAAACUAUGUGGAAUGUGUUAGUUUAUUAUUAUUGAAAGGAGCAGAGAUUAAUGUUACCGACGAAAAUGGAUUAACACCCUUACUGUUAUCUGCUUGCCGUGGGUAUUUCAAAGCAAUGCAAGUACUGAUAGAUAAUGAUGCGAUAAUAAAUUACUGCGAUUCAGAUAGGAAAGAUGUCCCAAAUUAUAUUCGAGAAAUGGGUUAUUUAACGUAUGACCCUCUUAAUAUGACCAUCGAAAACAACCAUGUACAAUGUGUUAAGCUUUUAUUAGAAAAUGGAGCGCUUUCAAAUAAAAAAUACUACAUGGGAUAUGAAAUUAAUUUGGUUCCAAUCAACCAUGUUACAUGUUUAGAGUUGUUAUUAAAGCACGGAGCGAAUCCAAAUUUGUGCAGUCGUUAUGGGAUGACGCCUCUUGUGAAAGCAUGCAAAGAAAACAUGGUAAAUGCAGUUUGUCUUCUUCUGGGAUUUGGCGCUGAUGUGAAUUUACAAUGUAGAUCCUGUUACAAGUGGAACACUCCACUAAAUACUGCGAUAGAAUACAAUGCUACUAAUGUAGUGAACAUAUUAUUGCAAAGUGGUGCACACGUGUCCAAAGAAACUGGUUGUAAAUACAGCCCUCUUCACGAGGCAGUCCUUUUAGACAGUCCUGACAUCUGUCGGCUGGUAUUGUCUUUUGGUGCGCGAGUAAACGAUAUGUCAGAUGAUCAUUUUUCUCCUUUGAUGCUAGCCGUGAAAACUUCAAAAUUGUUGAAUCGUGUGGAGAUUAUAACAAUUCUUCUUCAGAAUGGAUCAGAUCCUAAUUUAUAUCAUUCCUCUUCAUCUGUCUCUGUCAUUGGGCUGUACUUGAAAAACAACAAGACUUCUUUAGAUAAAGCAGUUAUAUGUUUGCUAUUACAGUAUGGAGCAAACCUCAAUUUCACAACGCGUUUGCCAUGUGGUAAAUCUGAUCCUUUCGGUAUACUUCUGCAUUUGUCGGAUUGUUGCCAGCAAGAAAUAUUACAUUUACUUCUUACUACCACACGAAAUAUUGACAGAGAAGCAAUUAAAAAGUGUGCUAAUUUAAAUCAGCAUCAACGAGAAUAUCUUAUGUGUCUUACUGCUACUCCGCGACAACUAGUAUGUCUGACACGAGGCUUUAUAUCGUACAACUUUGGGAGAGAUCUUGUAGAUAAAGUGAAUGACUUACCAUUACCCAAAACCAUAAAAAGAUAUCUUAUGUUUAAGGAAACAGAACAAACGGGAGUAGAUACAUGACUUUUCCCUUAUACUUUGACAUUAACAGUGCACAUUCAUUUUUGAAUUGUGAUAUUUUUUGUUUUGAUUUCAAAGACAGUGUGUGUAUUGGGGGUCUAUUUGAUAGAAAACUAUCAGAUAUCACACUUCUUUGGGUACUAAACAAUCCUAGUAAUUCUACCAACACUGAACAUGAUAUACAUUUUUGUUUGUAGCAGACUAAACACACUUUUCAAAAAUAUUUCUAUAAUACAUACGAUAAAUAAAAUUAUUUCGAUAUCUUCAAAAAAUGCACUUGAUCCCAACUCCAUCACACAAAAAAACACCUACUAGUAUAUAAAUAUAAGAAACAAUACAAACAAAAAUACGAAAAAAUGACACAAUACAUUAAACAAAUUAGAAACAUAAAAACACUGAUUGUUCAUGACAGGUUUGGUGGUACAAGCAAAAGAUCAACGAACCUUCGGAUAGAUGAUGUAAAAUGAACCAAAUAUACGCUUAUGAACAAAAAGUUGACAAUAUCCAAGGGAGUAGAUCAGAUUAACAAAUUAGUAUUGCACAAUAGUUAUCACCAAAUAUCUUGCUAGUGUCCGUCUAGAAUAAUCAAGUGUUGCCACAGAUAUAUGUAUCAUCUGUUAUGUUUACAUGCAAUUUUAAUGUAGCUUUUUAAAUUUAGUUGUUGAAAUUGAAAUAAAAAUAUUUAUCAUUUAUUGUGCAAUUAGUUAAUGAUACAUGACGGAUGUUGCAGCGCCAG